AUGAUAGGUAUUAGAAUGCCCAAUCUAACCCGGUUAUUGAACGCGUCGGUGGUUACAGUAAACAAUUUGGCGGACAAAGAGUACGACGAGGACGAGUACGUCCCGUACGCGGAGCGGCCCGAAACGUACAUUGUACCAAUAUUGUUCUUCCUGAUACUGGUGGUUGGCGUAGCCGGGAAUGGAGUUCUCGUCCUCACACUGCUACGACACUCCAACAUGAGGAGCAUACCAAACACCUACAUUCUAUCCCUCGCCCUAGGAGAUUUACUGGUGAUAGUCACUUGCGUCCCCUUCACGUCUAUCCUCUACACCAUCGAGUCUUGGCCGUGGGGCCUCGCUGUCUGCAAGCUGUCUGAGUGGGCUAAGGACAUAUCCAUAGGCGUUUCUGUCUUCACCCUCACUGCUCUGGCGGCCGAAAGGUACUACGCAAUCGUCAACCCGAUUCGUCGGCACGUGGCUGGUCUUUCAACGAAGCCGCUGACUCUACUCACCGUGACCCUCAUAUGGUUGCUGGCAACAGGUCUCGCUAUGCCGGCCGUCUUGUAUUCCCACCUGCCAACAAUGCCCCUCAAGAACAACGAGACAAUAUGCGUCUGCAGCCCAUUCCCUAAGGAAUUUGGAAGAAGCUACGAAAAAGGUAUGGUACUCUUCAAAUUUCUCAUGUACUAUGCAAUACCUCUGUGCAUAAUAUCGGGAUUCUACCUUGGAAUGGCCCGUCAUCUUGAACUGUCCACGAGGAACAUGCCAGGCGAGCAGCAGGCAGCGCCUCAUCAGUGCGAGCAGAUAAAGGCACGAAAAAAGGUCGGAAAAAUGGUGAUAUGUUUUGUAAUAAUUUUCUUCAUUUGCUUUCUCCCGUACCACGUGUUCAUGCUGUGGUUCCAUUUUUAUCCGUUAUCUAAUGAUAAUUACAACGAUUAUUGGCACGCUUUUCGCAUAGUUGGCUUCUGCUUGAGUUUCCUUAAUAGUUGCGUCAAUCCUAUCGCACUCUACUUCGUCAGCGGUACAUUUCGCAAGAGGUUCAACGAGUACCUGUGCUGUUGCUUGCCAAGCGUGCGGCAAGCAACGACCACCCGAGGAAGGUUCCCGAGGACGAGAGGCGAGGCGAGUACGUUCUACGAGACGAGCUUCAACUCGACCUUCCGGAGGCACACCCAAGAGCUCAACUCGACGAUUCUUCUGAGCUAUCCGAGCGAGGCGGGCAAGCCUACCUGA